AUGUAUCUUCCGGGGAACGAGGAUGUCUCUUCCAGGAUUAUUACCGCCACACAAAUGCCAGCUGCAAAUCUUGCCUCCCACUGCCAUUAUUGACCUCGCUUGGGAACCCCAACACUGGCCUUUUGUAGUACAGUAGUAAAGCAUUUGCGCCGACCCCGAUUAGGUGGUGGUUAUAAUAAGAAAGACCCUACCAUCGAAUCUCCCUCUUGUGCUGGCUGACUGCCUCCGAGCUUGAUAGUAGUAGUCGAGAUAGUAGUCUUCCAGAAAAAUCCGCCUCUAUCCAGAGAUACAUCACAUCAGUCACAUCACAACCACAACUCACUAAAACCACAGGAUGAUGUCUCCAGUAAAGUUAGUGGCAAUACUACUGGCAGGUCUCUGUUCCUUCACAGUCGGAGUGCGACGACAUGAGGAUUCGCCGGAUGGUCAUCUUCUGGCCGCCGAUACGGUAGAGCGAGUAAAAGAGGCUCUGGCAGAAGGUGCCAAUAUCAAUGUCCAAGACGAAGUGAACGGCCAGACUGCCGUGAUGCGAGCCACACUGCACGGAUGGACCAGUAUUGUUGCAUACUUGUUAGACCAAGGGGCGGAUGUUAGCAUUGGAGAGAAAGAUGGGUAUACGCCCCCUCAUGGCGCCGGGUUUCAAGGCAGAGCCAAAAUUAUGUCCAUUUUGAGAGACCACAAUGUUGAUGUCGUUUCCCCGGCGGAAAAGGACGGAUUUACGCCAUUUCAUAGAGCAUGUUGGGGAAGAGAAACUCGACAUACAGAAACAAUCCGCUAUUUGUUAGAGGACCUGGGUGUAGAUGCCAACUUGAAAGGGGGGCCAGACCAACAAACCUGUUUUCAAAUGACCCCCAACGCCAAAACCAGAGCUCUGCUCGUACAGCAUGGCGCCGGAAACGCAGAAUUAUAAAAUCAAGCAAAUCAAAUCCAACCACGAACGAACGAACGAACGAUUUCGUCAAACAAAACAAACAGUACAAAAUGAAUGAAUGAAAUCAUGUCUCUUGCUGCAUUUAUAUCCAGUCAGCCAAUCGACCUGGCUGUCUCGUGCGAUGCCAGCAUUUUCCAAAAUCUCUCAACCAUCAUCACAAUUUCCACUACUAGCUAGUGGUAACCCCUCCCCCCUUCUGAGCACUUUUUGCUGCUAUAGACGACAGCAAAUGAUGUUGCUCAUUUCACAACAAACAAUCUUGUGACUUUUUAACCGUUCUUCUAAAGUACAAUAAACCCUGUUGUAUAUAUCGAAAGGUCACUAACGAAGGCCUAGUCCCCGGGGAACCAGUACCGUAGUAACCUAGACGCCCAGAAUAGCUUAGGAAGGGAGAGACGGGCAAAUAAUAGCAUGACACUUUCUGGGUGCACUGCGAUCAGCA